AUGACAGAGCGUUCAAGUUAGCAUAGAGAACGUGACAGGAAGGGUGUUCAUCAAUGCAACUGAAACAGGACGAUCAUUCCAACUUCUCUAGAGUCUAGGAGGUAUACGUAUGCACCGCCACUUCACUCUUAAGAGUCGAGACCUUCUUACACCCUUGUCGAUCUGAAUUCGGGGUCGACUUCAAUCUCAAUUGGUCCGUAACUAGUAUCAUCCCUGUUGUUUUUGCCUUGUUUUCGGGUGUACUACGAAAAGUUUUAGCCACAUAAAGUCAAGCCACUUAGAUCCCUUAAAACGAAGUAUAAUUUAAACAGGAUCUCUCGGAAGUGAUGGGACGGCAUGAAGAUAAUAUGAAGUACUAAUUUUGAUUUCUCGUCAGUGACUUGUUUAUGCGUCUCUCGUUAUUUGUCUUUUCAUUCCCUCGUUACCUUAAUCGAUGUUGUGCUGCCUUUUGACGUGAUACUCGUGCAUAUUGGGAUAGUAAUUUAUACUUGAAAAUGGCUGCUGCUGAGGUUGAAGAGGCUGUCCCCGCUGGCGGUGCUGAUGAAAUUAAGCCCUACAGAAUACAUGUAUCAUCAAAAUAUCUAGAGCUCACAAAACAGAAACUUGAAGUUACUCGACUGCCUCAUGAGUUCUCGGAACCGAAAUCGAAAGAUUGGUGGGAGCCAAAGUCUCAAAUAGAACCACUGAUUGACUUCUGGUUGGAGCAGUAUUCGUGGAGAGCGCAAGAAGAUCUCUUGAAUACCGAGUUGCCUCAAUUUCGCACCGGAUUUUCGAUACCUUCAUAUGAAGCAAUCGUCAGAAUUAACUUCAUUCACGCUCGUUCUUCUUAUUCAAAUGCGAUACCCCUUCUUUUGAUACCCCCAUUCCCUUUCUCAAACCUCUCUUUUGGACACCUCGUCAAGCAUUUCACAGAACCGGAAGAUGUCGCGAAUAAUCAGCCCUUCCACCUAGUUAUACCCGCUCUACCGGGCUUGGGUUUUAGCGACGCGCUUCCGAAUAAUACUCCGAUGAUCUCAUCCACGGCAGAGAUCUUGAACUCGUUAAUGAGCCGGCUUUCAUAUCCUCAUUACUUGAUAACGAAUGCAAGUUCUGGAGUCGAUUCACCUGCAGAAAUCGACUUUAAAAUUGCCAAUUAUCUAGUGACUCAUUAUUCCGAUUCUUGCCUGGGUGCUCAUUUGAUAUCACCCCCUUUGGCACGACCGAAGCUCCGAGAAGCACCGGUCGAGUGGGCAAAAUGGUCCGUUGCGAGUUUAUUUCGUGCCCCUAUUCUUGGUUACCGUAGAGAGGAUUUCUCUGCUCUUAAACGAAACGGCCUUGCUCGUUCGUCGAAGAAAACACCAACCCCCGCUCAGUUCGGAUUAAACCAAUUGGGUCUUCGGGAGCCAAACACCUUGGCAUAUGCACUGUGUGACUCGCCAACGGGUCUGUUGGUCUUCGUGCUGAAGAGUCUCCGCUUGCUUGAUCCCAAGAGAGAAUUUGCACCUACAGAAGUGAUUAACUUCACUCAGCUUUCUUGGCUCCCUGGUCCAGAGUCAGCCAUGAGAUUCUGGGCACAUUGCGCACGGUAUCCGGAAGUGGAUAAGAAAGUUCGUUCACGACCGAAAAUCGGAAUCACAGUAUUUCUAGGCGAUGAGCCUAGUACGAACGAGGACACGGAAGCAGAGGCUAUCGAGCUGAUGCAGGACGAGGUAAAGGACUGCUAUGUGUGCCCUAGUUGGGCCAAGGCGAAAUACGAUGUAGUCCAUGUCAACCGCGCGACAGGAAGAUCGGGACUCCUAGCUUGGGAUCGACCCGAAAUCAUUGCUACAGGCGUAAGAGGUGUAGCCGCCUCGAUUUUGCGGUCGGAUUCCCGAUUACGGCCUACGGCGUCACCGACACCGGCGCCAGCGGUAGCCGAUCUAGAGCGGGUGGUAGUUCACGACGACACUACCGGUGAACAACCAUCAUCUCCGCCGGCGCAACCAGUUCCAGCACUUCUAGCGCCGCCAAGGGGCGAAGAGCGCAGCCAACCACAUAGAGAAGUUAGUGAUGAGACGGCUGUAGGGAGCAAUGAGGACAUCCCUGGGAAAACUGCUUCCCCGGCUUCAAAGGUACCAAGUCCAGCGCAUCUUGCACCACCGGCCGAUGAGCGAGAAUACCCGCGCCGAGAGGCGAGCGAUGACACGGCUAGAUAACAGCCUGAUAACUAAAGACAAUAACCAUUGUAGAAUACGACUUGAUGUUUAGUUUGUUACGGUUAUCAUUUAAAGGGGUUGGGAGAGUGAGAGGGUAACUAAUGAUCCAUAUAAGGUACCUGUCUGUUUUCCCUAUAGUCGAUGAUACCUUGUUAAUAAGAAUGAUGGAUAAUAGAAAGGCAUUUUAGCCGUACGUUCUGAUGUUCGUGGGAUCAAUGGCCCGUCUAUAAGUGUACAUGGCUGAAGGCAAGCAUCUCAAACAAAACAUAACUAAAUAAAUAAAUAAAUAUAAUUAACUAGAAUGCAAAUACAAC